AAGAUGGAAGCAAACAAGACACUGGUGACUGAAUUUGUUCUCACGGGACUUACAGAUUUCCCGUAUCUACAGGUCCCCCUGUUCCUGGUGUUCUUGCUCAUCUAUCUUAUCACCCUGGUGGGCAACCUGGGACUGAUUUACCUCAUCUGGAAAGACCCUCAUCUUUGUACCCCAAUGUACUUAUCACUUGGCAGUUUAGCAUUUGCUGAUGCUUGUUCCUCAUCCUCUGUGACUCCCAAAAUGCUAAUGAAUUUUUUAUCUAAGAAUCACAUGAUAUCCCUAGCUGAGUGUAUCACCCAGUUUUACUUUUUUGCUUCCAGUGCAAACACAGAAUGCUUCCUCCUGGUCGUGAUGGCUUAUGACCGCUAUGUAGCCAUAUGCAACCCCUUACUUUAUCCAGUAGUGAUGUCCACUAUAUCCUGCAUUCAGUUAUUAGGGAUUUCAUAUGCUAUUGGGUUUCUUCAUCCCAUGAUGCAUGUGGGUUUGUUGUUUAGAUUAACUUUCUGCAAGUCUAAUGUAAUACAUUAUUUCUAUUGUGAGAUUUUACAACUGUUUAAGAUUUCCUGUACUGACCCUGGAGUUAAUAUGCUCUUGAUUUUUAUAUUUUCAGUCUUUAUUCAAUCUUUCACUUUUAUCACUAUUGUCAUUUCUUACUCCUAUGUUCUCUUUGCCAUCUUGAAAAAGAAGUCUGAAAAGGGCAGAAGCAAGGCUUUCUCCACGUGCAGUGCCCAUCUGCUCUCUGUUUCCCUGUUCUAUGGCACUCUCUUCUUCAUGUAUGUGCGACCUGGGUCUGGAUCAACUGAGUAUCAGGAUAAAAUGUAUUCUUUGUUUUACACAAUCAUCAUUCCCAUGCUAAAUCCUUUCAUAUACAGUCUCAGGAACAAAGAGGUUAUUGGUGCUUUGAGGAGAGUAAUAAAUUAA